AUGAACUCCCGCGCCAUUAUCACUCUGCUCGCAUGCGGCCUCCUGGCCACCACGGAGUCGACCAUCAUCCUGGCCACGGGAACGACGGCAGCAACCGCCGCGGCCGCAGGGCUGGCCUACCUCGGCCUUGGCGCCCUGGCCGUGCUCAAGGGCGCUCUCAUCGGCAACGCCAUCGCCAGGGGAAAGAGGGACGUCACCACGCAGGAAGAGGCUCAGGCUGUUGAGGUAGCUUUGGAUGUGGCCCAGCAGAUCGACUCAGCUGGCUGCGUGGCCAAGCUGCUGUGUGAGCUCGAAUCCUUGCCCGCCGACCAGCUGUCCGCCCCCAUGGCCGCCCUUAAGGCCGCCUUCGGCAACCCCGAGAGCGCCGAGUUCCUCAAGCUGAGGACCUCCCGCGGCGUCUACGCCUUGGCUGCCUCCGUCGGCGCCAAGGUAGCCAAGAACGACCCGAAGGCGUGCGAGCGCGUCUUCGAAACCUGUCCUCUGCCCAGAGACGAGCUCUUCUUCAUGCUGGAGACCGUUCUUGCUUGCUAA